GCUUCCGGCUUCAUCCUUCCUCUUUUUCCUCCUCAUCGGGGCCGCAGCCAUGGUGAACGUCCCGAAGACCCGCAGGACUUACUGCAAAAAGUGCAAGAAGCACCAGCCCCACAAAGUGACCCAGUACAAGAAGGGAAAGGAUUCCCUCUAUGCACAGGGUAAGAGGAGAUACGACAGAAAGCAGAGCGGAUAUGGUGGUCAAACAAAGCCAAUUUUCCGUAAAAAGGCCAAGACAACAAAGAAAAUUGUAUUGAGGCUUGAGUGUGUGGAACCCAACUGCAGAUCCAAGAGAAUGCUGGCCAUCAAGAGAUGCAAGCACUUUGAGUUGGGUGGUGACAAGAAGAGAAAGGGCCAGGUCAUCCAGUUCUAAGCUGUGGUCCAGACUU